AAGCGGGCGAGUAUGUACUUCCGGUUUUAGAACAACCCCCGCCAUUUUUACAGCGACAACAUAGUGCUGGUUAGAUAUAUUCAAGAACGCCGACGAAAUAGCGUUAUUUUUAACAAGAAGACUGUCGAGAGGUUUGACAAAAGUGUAGCGCCAUAUUGCUUGCUUGUGUUUGGUGUUAGUCGUUGUGGCGCGUGGUCUAACGUACAAAUCAUAAUAAUUUACAAUUAUGUCAGACAAUCAGGAACAAAAACCCGACGCCGGUCCAGGUGAUGCGAAUUCGGAAUACAUCAAGCUGAAAGUCGUUGGAAAUGAUAGUAACGAAAUUCACUUCAGGGUAAAAAUGACUACCCAAAUGGGUAAAUUAAAGAAAUCCUACAGUGACAGAGUUGGAGUUCCAAUGACAUCACUUAGGUUUCUCUUUGAUGGAAAACGAAUCAACGAUGAUGAAACACCAAAGCAGCUCGAGAUGGAAAAUGAUGAUGUUAUUGAGGUAUAUCAAGAGCAAACGGGCGGUCGCUUCUAAAAUUUUGAUCCAGCUUCAAAUACGAGGUGAACCAAGAGCAUCCGCAUUUUGGUUUUUCUCAAUAUUUUUUAAAGUGAAAGUGAUGUAAUGUUAGAUUUAUGAAUGGACAAAGAUUAUCAAUAUCAUUUUGCUGAAUGUAUUUCUUCAAACAAAAUUCUUCAUGUAUUCAAAUUUUUCCUUUUGUUGCUUUCAAUUUUCUUAUUAUGGAACUGUGAACUAUUAUUAUUACAUUCCUAUAAUUAAAUAUUUACAAUAGCAGUUCUUAGUCCAUUGAGAAGCCUCGUGAUUCAUAAAUGUUUUUUUUUGUUUUAUUAUCAAAAUCAUAAUUAUAGUAUUGAAAAAAAUGUAAACAAUGAAAAAAUAAUACAUAAUAUUUAGACUUAA